UAAAUGGGUUCGUACAGAAACUUGCAGGCUUUUUCACGGCCGUCUUUACCAUUAUUACAUUUAUCAUUAUUACCAUGCACAAAGGUCUUGCUUGUUUCUCGAGAAAAUCCAGAUCUUCUUCCUCUUCCUUCCAGUUUCCUCCAUAAUGGAUUCCUUUUUUACCUUCCUUUUUCUUUUUCUUCAAUACCCAUUAAUCUUUUCAUCUUCCUCCUUCAGAAAGUUUUGAUCUUUUCAAAAACAACUCUUUACCUUCCCCACAUUAAUUUCAUUCAUGUAAAACUGUACUGCUGCGGUUUUUAGCCCUUCUGGUGUUUGUGUCUUUUUAGUUCUGGGUCGUAAUUAUCCAUGUCAGAAUGCUUUAAUUACUGCCUCUGCCACUGCCUCUGCCACAAAAAAUAAACCAUUUUUCGUAUUAGCUUUCACACCUACCAUUACUUUGCCGUUUCUCCUUUGUCUCUUACUAGAAGUGAUGAAGUCAUGAAGAGAAGAGACUGCCUCUGAAUUUUGCUCAUUCUUACUUCACUCUGCUCUGUUUUGGGUUUUUGUGGGAUUUGAGGAAGUCAGCUUCUUUUUUUCAGCAGCCGGUGACCCGUAAAUGGCUGCUCCUCCGGGAGGUUCCUCGGCUGUGCCGUCUCUGCCGCCGCCUUCCCCCAAGUCUCCGCCACGGUACCCGGACUUGUAUGGGAAGCGCCGUGAAAUGGCCAAGGUUCAGAUGCUUGAGAGAGAGAUUGGUUUUCUGGAGGAGGAAUUAAAAUCGAUUCAAGCAUUUCAACCAGCUUCCAGAUGCUGUAAAGAGAUUUCUGAUUUUGUCAUGGCAAACCCUGAUCCUUUAAUACCUACAAACCGGAAGAAUCGAAAACCAUGCCGCUUCUGGAAGUGGCUCUGUGGAAUGCCCUGCUUCAACCUCUCAUGGAUUUGCUGCUGCUGUAGCUGUUUCACCCGGAGCUCUUGCCAUCUGAAAUGUCCACGGUGCUGCAGCUGCAGCUGUGACAGUAAUCCUUGUUGCAGCAGUUGCAGCUGCAGCUGUCCUUGUAGCAGGUGCAGCAAUCCUUGCAGGAACUGCAGUAGCAAUCCUUGCGGCAAAUGCAGUUGCAAUCCUUGCGGUGACUGCAGUUGCAAUCCUUGUGGCGACUGCAGUUGCAAUCCUUGUGGCGACUGCAGUUGCAAUCCUUGCGGCAAGUGCAGUAGCAAUCCUUGUGGCAAGUGCAGUAGCAAUCCUUGUGGCAAGUGCAGUUGCAAUCCUUGCAGCGACUGCAGUUGCAAUCCUUGCAGCAAUUGCAGUUGUCCCAGCUGCAGUCAUCCUUGCAGCAAUUGCAGUUGCCCCAGCUGCAGUCAUCCUUGCAGCAAUUGCAGUUGUCCCAGCUGCAGCCACCCUUGCAGCAACUGCAGUUGUCCCAGCUGCAGCCCAUGUAACUACUGUUCAUGCAACUGCACUUCAUGUUUUCGCUGCUUAUUACCAAAAUGGUGUUGCUGCUUGUGUCCCCAAUCCAAUUGCUGUAAAAUGAAAUCAUGCAGCCAAAACUGCUGCUGUGAUUUUCAGUGCCCUUCAUGCACAGAUUGCUGUUGUUGCAGAUUGAAAUGCUAUUUUCCUAGUUGUCGUCCUAAAUGCCCCAAAUGUCCGAAGGUACGACUUCGCCGCAGUUGUAAAAAGUCAAGCUGUUGUAACCCAUGCUGCCUGUUAUUCUAACAUUAAUGCGUUUUUGGAUGGAAGCUUUGAUCUGGAUGUCAUUCCCUUUUUUCCUGCAUUGUAAUUACUUGUGUUUUGUGCAUCAUUUUGCUUUCUCUGAUGCAAUAGUUACUACUGAAGGAAAAACAAAAUUGAAACAACCUA